GGAAACCCCUGGAUCCUUCUUUCCCACUCGUUCAUUCCGUGUCAAACGUAAUUUGUGCUGUUGUUUUUGGACAUCGCUUCUCCAGAGAGGAUGAAACCUUCCGUGAACUGAUUAGAGCCACAGAGCAUAUAUUCAAAUUUGGAGGCAGCUUUAUUCAUCAUCUGUAUGAAGUCUUCCCCUGGCUGAUGUGCCGUCUCCCUGGUCCUCAUAAGAAAGUGUUGUCUUGUUAUGAUAUCCUGAGCUCUUUUACAAGGAGGGAGAUCAGAAUGCAUGUGGAGCGUGGGAGACCAGACGAACUGCAGGAUUUCAUUGACUUUUACCUGGCUCACAUUGAAAAAUCCAAAGAUGAACCCAGGUCUACAUACAAUGAAGACAACAUGGUUCAUUCUAUAAAUGACCUUUUCUUGGGUGGAUCAGAGACAACAAGUACUACUUUGAACUGGGGCCUUCUCUAUAUGGUGGCAAAUCCAGACAUUCAAGAGAAAGUGCAGAAGGAGCUGGAUGCCGUUCUGGGUCCUUCCCAGUUAAUCUGCUAUGAGGAUCGGAGAGAACUGCCCUACACAAAUGCUGUGGUUCAUGAGGUUCAGCGCUUCAGCAAUAUUAUCUCAGUUGGCCUGCCCAGAGUGUGCGUGAGGAACACUACGUUGCUCGGCUUUCCCCUCAAAAAGGGCACCAUAGUUUUUCCAAAUAUUGCUUCAUCUUUGUAUGACCCAGAGCAGUGGGAAACACCUCGACAGUUCAACCCUGGUCACUUCUUGGAUAAGGAUGGAAACUUUGCGAGCCAAGAAGCUUUUUUACCAUUCUCAAUAGGGCACCGUGUGUGUUUGGGGGAGCAUCUAGCAAGGACCGAGCUCUUUAUUUUCUUUGCCAACCUGCUGCGGGCAUUCACCUUCCGCUUCCCUGAGGGUGUGACGAAGGUCAACACAGAGCCCAUGUGUGGGGGUACGCUGCAGCCCCACCCAUACAGAGUUUGUGCCAUUCCACGCUAG